UUUACGUUGUAAUACAGUGAAAUUAAACGCAUAAAAAUGGAUAGUGUUUUAACACCUCCGUCACCGUUUCGGUAUGAUGAGAAUCAGUUGGAUUUUGCGGUGGGUAACAUCAGUGAGGAUUGGACAAAAUGGAAGCGCGCGUAUGAUAUUUACGUGAAUGCAUGUGAAUUAAAUAAAAAAUCGGCCGCUAUACAAUUAAAUAUAUUGUUACAUAUAAUAGGGGAGCAGUGCAGAGAAAUUGUGGAUCAGUCAGACAGCAAGUGUACAACAGUCGAACAGGUACUUAUUAAAUUGGAUGAGAGAUUUAUUAAAAAGAAGAAUGUCACGGUGGAAAGACAUCGCUUUUUUAAGCGUGACCAGAAAGGUAACGAAAAUAUUGAACAGUACGUGUUUGAGUUAAGAAAACUGGCUGAAACUUGUGAAUUUGGAAAUUUAAAAGAAGAAUUAAUAAAAGAUCGGUUGGUAUGCGGAGUGACAAGUAAAGCAAUUUGCGAAAGAUUAUUAAGAGAAGAGGAUUUAACUUUAAAAAAGGCCAUGGAAAUAUGUCAAGCGGCAGUAGUGUCAAGAGCGUACUCCCAAAAUAUUAAAGAGGAAAAUAAGGCGGUAUACGAUAUACAGGAACACAAUCCAACGGACGUAGGCAGUGACAAAUUGUGGGUAAUUAGGCGAAAUAAUUAUUCGACGUCACAGAAAAAACACGGUACAUGGAGAGGACGCGGGCGCAGCGCAGCUGGCGGCGCUCGCCGCGAGUACAACGAGCCGCCCCGCGCGAAGCCGCCACCGUCGGGCGCGCAGGCUAUCGCCGCCGGUGCCGGUCAAAGUACACUAACAUCGCGCUACAGUUCGAACGGUAUAGCUCAGUGUGGUCGGUGUGGAAGUGUUCAUAAAAAGUAUGAGUGUCCGGCUUAUGGUAAAACGUGUAUGCGAUGCAAGAAAUUAAAUCAUUAUGCGCGGGUGUGCGAUGUGUAUUACAUAGAAGAGUCAGAGGACCAGGACAGUGAGGCCUCCGAAUAGAUGGGGCUACGAGUAAGAAGCCUGGUCAAUAAUAGAGAAUUAUUAUUUACUUACAUAAGAAGAAUGAAUAUAUAAAGAAGACAAUGAUCGAAAUAUAAUAAUCAUUGUAUACAGAAAAUAAAUUUAUAGAUGAGUUAGUAUAAUAAACUUCUAACUAGAAUAAUUGUAUAACAUAAUUCUGUAAUAUAUUUGAAUCAUAAUAACUAAAUACCUUUGUAUACAUUUGUAAAAAAAAAAAACACAAUCAUUGUACCUACCUAAUUAUGACACCGUAAGAAUUUAUCGAGUUAAAUACUUAUUGGUUGUUUUAUGAAGGAUAGUGUAGGUACUACAAUCAAUAUUGCAUGUCUUUGUAUAUAUUAUGUAUAAUCUUUAAUGAUAUUGUACGUCAUGAUUACUAUUAGGAAAAAUAGUAUAUAUCUAUAAUUAUAUAAAUAUUGUUUGGGUUAAAUGCCAAAUAUGUUUGUUAAUUAUUACGGAGGGAGAUGUGAGGUAGUUCAUAAAUAUUGAUUGUGCAUGUACCGUCCCAUUGAAUAAUAUAAUAUAGAUCAGUACGCAUCUGGA